UGUCGUUUAGUGAGAAAACUAAAGAAUCUAGUCUCUCCUGAAAUCGCCCUUUUUUGCGAAAAUUAGGGUUUAUCAUAAACCAGCACACACCUGACACCCCUCCCAAAAUUUCUGAAAACCCUAGUUCAUUCUCUCACUCCACCAUUGAAGCUCAAUCGUCUAAAAUUUAAAUAAUCUCAACCAAUCAAACAGAAAUGGGGAUGAAAUUAUUCGACGACGUCGAUGACGACGACACAGAAAAGAUAUCAAACAUCGGCAUUAACGAGGAAUUCGCAAAGCGAUAUGAACACAAUAAAAAGAGAGAAGAUUUGCAGAAACUUGAAGAGAUGAAGAAGAAAGGUGAACUUCCGGAAUCAGAAUCUGAUUCCGAUUGGGAGGAAGACGACGAUUUCGAAAGCACGAAAAACGAGGUGAAAUUUCUCGAUGCAUUGUUAAAAGUUAGGAAUAAAGAUCCAAUAUUGCUUGAAAAAGAUGCGAAAUUGUUCGAGAGUAGCAGUGGUGAAGAAGAUGAUGAAGUCAAAGGAGAUAGAAAGGAGAAGAAGAAGAAACCGAAGUAUUUGAAGGAUGUGAUAGCGGAGCAAUUGAUUGAGAGAGGGCCUGAAUAUGAGGGAGAAGAAGAGGAGAGUGAAGAAGAGGAGAGAGAAAUGAAGAAGGUGAAGAGUUAUGCGGAGGAGCAGGAGGAUUUUAGGAAGGAGGUUUUGGCGGCGAUGGCGGAUGAAGAGAGAGAAAAUGAAGAAGAGGGAGGGGAGUUGUUGAGGGAGAAGGAGAGGGAUGAAGAUGAAGAUGAAGAUGAAGAUGAGGAGGUGAAGAAGAGGUUGGAUGAGUAUUUUGGGGAGGAUGAGAAAUUGGAUGAGAAUGAUGUGUUUUUGAAGGAAUUUUUUAAGAAUAAGAUGUGGAUUGAUAAGGAAAAUGGAAAGAAUAAGGUUAUUGAGGAGGAUGUGGCGAUUUCGGAUGAUGAGGAGGCAUUGGAGAAGCAGGAGGAUUAUGAGAGAGAUUUUAAUUUUAGGUUUGAGGAGAAUGUGAGUGAUCGAGUAUUGGGUCAUUCGAGGUCUGUGGUUGGUUCCGUGAGGAAGGAGACGAAUGCGAGGAAGAAUCAGAGAGAGAGGAAGAAGGAGAGGAUGGCUGAAGCAGAAAUUGAGAGGCAAGAGGAGGUUAAGAGGUUGAAGAAUUUGAAGAGGAAGGAGAUGCAGGAGAAGAUUAAUAAGAUCAGGGAAAUCGCGGGUAUUGAUAAGGAGAGUGUUUUGGUGAAUGAGGAUGAUUUGGAGGAAGAUUUUGACCCUGAGAAGUUCGAUAAGAAGAUGAAUGCUGCAUUUGGGAAGGAUUAUUAUGAAGCAGAUGAUCCUGAAUUUGCAAAUGAGAGUGAUAGUGACUUGGAAAAGCCAGAUUUCGAGAAAGAAGACGAGUUGCUUGGAUUGCCUGAAGAUUGGGGUGUGAUCAAAUCGAGUGAUGGAUUUGUAGCUGAAAGGGAAAGGAUGAAGAAAAGUAAAGUGGAAAAUGAGAUUGAUGUUGAUCAAGUGCAAGGAGGAGAGGAUGAUGGUGAACAAUUAGACGAGGGUAACAAACAGAGAAAGCGGAAGAAGUCAUCAAUUAAGGAAGCUCUUGAUAAGGAACUUGAAGAAGAACUUUACAAGCUUGAUUAUGAGGAUACUAUAGGAGAUUUGAAGACCCGGUUUAAAUACAGGGAUGUUAGACCUGCAAAAUAUGGAUUGACAGCUGCUGAGAUUUUGAUGUUGGAUGAGAAGGAGUUGAAUCAAUAUGUUUCAUUGAAGAAGCUUGCACCUUACCGAGAGAAGGAGUGGAAGGUGCCUCAAAUGCGGAAAAAGAUGCUCUUCGAAGGACUUCUGAACGAUAAUAAGAAUCAAAAGAAGAGAAAGAGAAACGAUGGUGGUAAUGUUGGUGAAACAAGUGAAAAGAAAUCCAUGGAAGUUAAGAAAGCAGAAGGGGAGGAGCCAAGUAUUGAUGAGAGCAAGUUGUCACGAGCAGCUAGGAGGAGGCGCCGGAUGAAAGAGAAAAAGCUGCCUGAAUCUCGUCUCAUUGCUUAUGGGAAGAUACCGUCUAGUUCGAAGAACAAGUCAAAGAAUUGACGGAAUCUACCAUUGUGAUAUGAAGGAGAGGAGGUUAUACAUACACAAGGCCGUUAUUUAUUUGAUGAUGCAGCAAGCUAUCAAGGGAAGUUAAUCCCCGCUUGAAAACAUUUUUGUAAUUUACGAGAGUUGAAUGUAGAAUAUCUGAAGAAAUGUGACUUUGAAGCUUUUGUUGUCACAGCACACUUAUGAUCUUUGUAGUCAUCUUCAAUCUUACAACAUUCUUCUGAUUUUUAGGGAGUUUUUGUGUAAAUUAGUUAUUUAGUUUACAAAGUACUCUGACCAAUACUGUAGAAUGGCAAAUUUUUGUCUGUCUACAAUUUUGCUUUCUGAUAUUGAUUUGUUCUACCAUCGUUUUCUUCUUGA